AUGAAGCUUGUUAGCAGGAGGAAUGCGCUCUUGGCUCUAACCGGACCAUGGGCCGGGCUUCUCACUCUUUCAGCAGGCAUUGCUAUCACGGCAAACUAUAAUUCCAACGUCUUAGAGGCAAAGGCACUUGUAGAUAGCCGAUUGACUAGACUAGCAGGAACUCGCUACAUCGAUGCUCCAGAUCCCUCUGCUAUGGGAUACUUUACGGGUGGGCCGCCGGGGCUUGAGACCGGCGUUAUUAUCACCACUGGCAUAGCAACAGAAGCCAUGAUUGGACAAACCCCUAACAAGAACUGGGUUACCUCUGGGUACGAUCCAGGUAACAUCUGUGGCAGCAAUUACUUUACCUCCGAGGAAUACACUAUACAAUACGUGGAGUUUAAUGCACCUCCAGAGAUUGCCAAAGCGCGCAUCAAUUUUAUCAUUGCCACUCAGGAACUAGUCGGCGGAGACCCAGAUAGCGCAUUAGUAAAUUUGGGUACCGCGACACCCCUCGAUGGAACCUCGACGUGGUUGUCAUCCCAAUCUCAGCUAAUGAACCAGACAACACCAGUAUGCGAGUUUCCACCUGGCACUCGCGACAUGGCUUUGCUGUACAACAUAGAGGCUGUUGACCCGGUACUUAUCCCAGAGUACGGUUUCUGGCUCAACGGCUUUUUCUCAGUCAACUUCCUGGACAGAACCAACGUCAUCAGCCUCAUCUUCAAUGUUGACUUUACCUCCCACCAUAACUCCUUCUGUCACACCAACAUUGCCAGCCACGACCCUAACCUUGACUUCAGAGUCAAAUCCAGUCGUGUCUUCCCUCUCAGUCACCUCACUUUCACCCAGUGCAUUUCUCAGAACAUCUACCAGCGCGCCUACUAUGGCGUCAGCCUUGCAAAGUCAGAAUUCCGUCGGAGUACCAUUAUCCUUGAACAUAUCAUCAUCCUUGAGCAUGUCGUCAUCCUUAAGCUUGUCGUCAUCGAGCACACAGUCUGCCAAUAUUGUCGUCCCAGCCGGGAGCUUUUAUCCAACAUCCGCUGGUACAAGCACGCUACCGAGUAA